UGUCUGCGCGUGUCGUGAAUCGUGCGACUCGAGGUGCGGGUUUCUCGUUCGAAUCGGAGUGAAACCGUUUCAGCUGUGACAGUUGUCGCCUAGGUUAGGUCAGUGUCAAUAACAGACUUAUUUUGGUGGUGGUCGAAACCAGUCAAAACAGUCUUCUCAUUUCGUUCAAGAGGAAUGAUUUGAAUAGGAGACAACAACAACAGUAGCAGCAAUGAAUUUUAAAGAUAACCCUCGGACUAACGGACUCCUAUACGCCGGCUUCAAUCAAGAUCAUGGUUGCUUCUCGUGUGGCACCUCCUCCGGGUUCAGGAUAUACAUAUGCGAUCCGCUGAAGGAGAGGAGGAGGGAUUUCGAUUGCGGUGGUCUGGGCUACGUGGAGAUGCUCUUCAGAUGCAACUAUCUGGCUCUGGUCGGAGAUGGCAGCAAUCCUGCCCAUCCACCCGAGAAGAUCAUGGUGUGGGAUGAUGAGCAGAAGAAGAUAUCUUUCACGUUGGAUUUCAGCUCACCUGUUCUGGCGGUGAAAUUGCGUCGCGACAGGAUCGUCGUGGCUUUGGAGGGUGUGAUCAAGGUGUUUACCUUCACGCAGAAUCCGCAGCAGCUGCACGUCUUCGAGACGAGCAGCAAUCCGAGAGGGCUGUGCGUUCUCUGUCCGAACAGCAACAACUCGCUGCUCGCGUUCCCCGGCCGGAAGACCGGGCACGUGCAGGUCGUCGAUCUCGCGAACACGGAGAAGCCGGCCCUGGACAUCGCCGCUCACGAGGCGGACGUCAUCUGCAUCUCGCUCAAUCUGCAAGGCACCAGGUUGGCGACGGCCAGCGAAAAGGGCACUCUCAUUCGCGUUUUCGACACAGUCUUUGGAAGCAAAAUCGCUGAGCUGCGACGCGGCACCCAUCAGGCAACGAUCUACUGCAUAAACUUCAACCAUACGUCGACGUGCCUGUGCGUGUCGUCCGAUCACGGCACCGUUCACAUCUUCGCUCUGGACGACCCCAAGUUGAACAAGCAGUCGUCUCUUGCGAACGCCGCCUUUCUGCCCAAGUACUUCUCCUCCAAUUGGUCCUUCUGCAAGUUCACCGUGCCCAGCGGACCUCCGUGCAUCUGCGCCUUCGGCACCGACAACAACUCCGUCAUCGUGGUUUGCGCGGACGGAUGCUACUACAAAUUCAUCUUCAACGUUAAGGGCGAUGCGACGAGGGAGGUCAGCGCCCAGUUCCUCGAGAUGACCGAUGAUCGUUCCUAAAUUUAAAAAGAAAA